AGAAGCCGCGGGCGGCAUGGCGGGGCUGCGGGCCAGGCGGGGCUCCGAGUGGGGGCUGCUGGCGCUGACCAUGUUGGGGUUCUGUCUCGUGCUGCCUGUCAGUGCUAAGAGGCCCCCCAAGACGCCCCCGUGCCCGCCCAGCUGCUCCUGCACCCGGGACACCGCCUUCUGUGUGGAUUCCAAGGCAGUGCCCAGGAAUCUGCCCUCGGAGGUCAUCUCCCUGACCCUGGUGAAUGCAGCCUUCUCCGAGAUCCAGGAUGGAGCCUUCUCUCACCUGCCAUUGCUGCAGUUCUUGUUACUCAACUCCAACAAGUUCACACUCAUUGGAGACAAUGCCUUUACAGGACUGUCCCACCUGCAGUACCUCUUCAUUGAGAACAAUGACAUCUGGGCACUGUCCAAGUUUACAUUCAGAGGGCUCAAGUCCCUCACACACCUCUCAUUGGCCAACAACAACCUGCAGACGCUACCCAGAGACAUCUUUCGGCCCCUGGACAUUCUGAGUGACUUGGACUUGCGGGGCAACGCGCUCAACUGUGACUGCAAGGUGAAAUGGCUGGUGGAGUGGCUGGCACACACCAACACCACCGUGGCUCCCAUCUACUGCGCCAGCCCACCCCGCUUCCAGGAGCACAAGGUGCAGGAACUGCCACUGCGCGAGUUCGACUGCAUCACCACCGAUUUCGUGCUCUACCAGACCCUGUCCUUCCCCGCUGUGUCAGCUGAACCCUUCCUCUACUUGAGUGACCUCUAUUUGGCUCUGGCUCAGCCUGGUGCCAGCACCUGCACUGUGCUGAAAUGGGACUACGUGGAACGGCAGUUUCGAGACUAUGAUAAAAUCCCAGCCCCGUCAGCCGUGCACUGCAAGCCCAUGGUGGUGGACAGCCAGCUGUACGUGGUGAUGGCCCAGCUGUUCGGCGGCUCGUACAUCUACCACUGGGAUCCCAACACCACCCGCUUCACCAAGCUGCAGGACAUCGACCCACAGCGCGUGCGCAAGCCCAACGACCUGGAGGCCUUCCGCAUCGACGGCGACUGGUACUUUGCGGUGGCCGACAGCUCCAAGGCGGGCGCCACCAGCCUCUACCGCUGGCACCAGAACGGCUUCUACUCCCACCAGGCCCUGCAUGCCUGGCAUCGCGACACCGACCUGGAGUUCGUGGAUGGCGAGGGCAAGCCACGGCUGAUCGUGUCCAGCAGCUCGCAGGCGCCUGUCAUCUAUCAAUGGAGUCGUACUCAGAAGCAGUUUGUGGCCCAGGGCGAGGUGUCCCAGGUCCCCGAUGCCCAGGCUGUAAAACACUUUCGUGCUGGCCGGGACAGCUACCUGUGUCUCAGCCGCUACAUCGGCGACUCCAAGAUCCUGCGCUGGGAGGGCGCCCGCUUCUCCGAGGUGCAGGCCCUACCUUCCCGGGGCUCGCUGGCCCUGCAGCCCUUCCUGGUGGGUGGCCGCCGCUACCUGGCACUGGGCAGCGACUUCUCCUUCACUCAGAUCUACCAGUGGGAUGAAGGGCGACAGAAGUUCGUGCGCUUUCAGGAGCUGGCGGUGCAGGCCCCCCGGGCCUUCUGCUACAUGCCCGCCGGGGACGCCCAUCUGCUCCUCGCCCCCAGCUUCAAGGGACAAACGCUGGUGUACAGACACGUCGUGGUGGAUCUUAGUGCCUAAGGCGUGCCAAGGCCGCGUGGUUCCUCAGGGCGGUGCUGGAGGCUGGGUGGGGAUCUCUAUGAGCAGCACGUGUGAAGUCACGCGUGGCCAAUCUGUGUACGUA